AUAAAUAAUAAUAUUACAAGAAUAUCCUCAUUUUAAUGAGGUGUUAUGAUAUGAUUGGCUUAGUCACGGAUGACGUGGUAGACCGAGUCUACGUAAAAAUUUCUCCGAUUUCAUGAUAUCAACUAUUCUUUGUCAAAUAUUUCCUAAAGCGAAUUUUGAAUGAAGCAAGAAGAAAGUAUUCAUACGAGGAAAGAUUUGUGAGAUCAUGUCAUUUAAUUUAAGUAAUGCUAUAUAACCCAACUCUUUUAACCCACCUUCUUGUACCGCCUGACGUGUCAGUUAAAGAGUGGAUGCAUUAAAUUUUAUUUCUUGAGAUAUACAUUUUUGGGUGGGUAUUGGACGAAUGAAAUCCUGCCACGUAAGGUGGGUUAAAUAGGUGGGUUAUAAAGCAUUUUCUUUAAUUUAAUUGACUUACCCUAGUCUUUGAAUGAAAAAAAGAAUUUUCAAUCGACUUUUAGAUUAAGCAAGAGUGUAACCCAUUUUAAAGUGUAAGGAGAUAUUAUUAAAAAUAAAAAUAAAAAUAAACAUUAAUUAAUUAUUUGUUAUUUGUUGGUUUUUUUACUAUAUUUAAAGUAAGAGUGUUGAAUUUUAAAUAAUACAUUUUUAGUAACAAAUCUAUUUUUGUGCUGACAUUGCCAACUUUUUGAACUACCGGAGGAGAAAGGGCAGAAUGUGAGCUCUCGAGUUAGAGCACAAGCUAACUAAGAGAGUAUUUCAUUUGAGGCGAAGCUGAAUGGACGGGCACAAGCAGUCUAGUGUCCGAGCUAAUAGACAACAGAAGGAAGGUUGAUUUUCAGAACAUGGAGAAAGGCUCGUUCAGAUGUAAACCGGUUUGCGAUUUGCGCAAGAGUUUGGCUUGGGAUAGUGCAUUUCUUAAUAGUCCAGGAGUUCUUGAUCCAGAAGAGUUGUUCGAGACUCUUAAUUUACAAGUAGCAAACGAUGGAGAAGAUUUGAGUAUGAGCAUGGACAGGAAACAAAUGCCAUUACAUUCUGAAUCCAUAGAACCAGCAAGAGCCAGUGGAAUCAGUAAUAUGCGCAAAAGUUUAGCUUGGGAUACCGCCUUCUUCACAAGUGCAGGAGUUCUGGAUGCUGAAGAGUUGUCUGUUGUAAAUAGAGGAUUUAAAAAGUCUGAAAAGUUCUUGCUUCCUGGGGUUGAAGAGGAUAAUAUCUGGAGAUCUGCUGAAUCAAAUUCUACAGUAACUAGUGAUGGUUACUCUCUUGCUAGUCUCGAACUUGAUCUUUUCGACGAUAUAAGAGCAUCUAUACGUCAGAAACGUGACGCUUCAUCAAAUGAGCCAAGUUUAACUCCCAAACUGAAUAGAGAAAAAGGCAGGCAAAAUGGCUACGUUUCUAGAAGACCGGAUGAUUCAUCUCAAGUAAGACCUUCGGCUUCAGGAGGAGGAUCCAAUCCUUCGUCGCGUAAGCCACCGAAGAUAUCGAACCGUGCUAGUCCUUUACCGAUACUUCCUUCCAAAAGAGCUUCUUUAAGUGCAAGUCAUGUUAAAAUGGAUAAUAAAUUUACAAAAUCUGCUGAUGGCAAAACUAUUGGCAUGUCAAAGAAAAUGUGUUUGCGGAAUUUGCCUUCUUCAGUUUUGCCUGCUGCAGUUGAUGAGUAUGCAAGGUUUUGUUCUGCUUCUGCUGACUUCACUGGUAAAUCUCCUUCAAACUUCGCAAGGAGAACGAAGGAUUCCCGUCCAGGUGCUUCUACUUCUUCUACUUCGACCUUACGAACCCCUCUGAGAUACUCAACUAGAAACAAAACCGAGUUGGUAAAUUCCAGUGCUUCUAUUCGUUUCUUCUCAACGCCUGAUAAAUCCUCCAUUUCUAAAUCUCCUUCUAGUUCCUUUGAUGGAUGGUCCUCAGGAUCAUCAUCAUACACAUCUCUCAAGCAAAGAUACAAUAGCUAUGCUGCCAGUCCUUUAAAUAGUACUCCUCUGAAAGAGAUUUUUGACCGUGAUUCCUUCAAAUCAUCGUGUUCUGAGAGGCAUCGUUGUGGUCAAUCCUGUUCCGAACAUGAAAUUUCGGAAUUCAAGUUAUGGAAUUCACAUAACUAUGAUAUCCCAAUGUGCACCACUCCUGCUCCUACCGAUGUUUCAAGAAAACUGAAACCUUCAGGUCUGAAGAUGCCAUCACCAAAAAUAGGAUACUUUGACACGGAAAGUUCCACAGGUCCUGUCAGCAAAGCUAAGUUACCUGCUAACAGAACGAAAUACGGAAGGCAUCGAUCAGCAGGAGGCGUAGCAGGAUCUGUGGGUAAGUCGGGCUCGAAGAAGCAACCUCUGAGGGAGCUGAGUUAUAUCAAGGGACAUGUUCCUGGUGAGGGUAACAAAGAAAAUAUAAUCAGUUUUGAGAAUCAAGUUGAUGAUCUGAGUAAACGUAUGGGAACCAUUGGUUUUAGUAGGGUCUAAAGGAAACAAAAGGUUUUUUUAAGCUUAGCUAUGUAGAAUGUUAUUAAGUUCAUCUUUAGUGAAUGAACUCUUUUGAUAGUACUCAUGUCGUUUUAAAUUUUUAUAUGACUCGUCAAUUUAUAUUUAAUUAAUUUAUUAUAAAAAUUAAAAGUAAUUUAAUAAUCUUAUGAUCUAAAGUUAUGGAUCUA